UCAUACUAAACGCGUAUGACGUACGCGAGUCACGAGCCAAUCGCUGACGUUGUCAACGCUUUUCGGCCAAUCGGACGCAACGCUGAGUCAUACGAGCAAAUACGGUAUAAAAGCAAAGCUCGCGACAUUUGUGGCUCAAUAGUCUUUGUGAGUUCGAGCAGAGAGGAUAAUUUUGACGUUUCAAGGCAGUUUCUCGAAUCGUCUGAGUGUACAAAGCAAGAAGCUUUCGCACAAAAGAGCACCAUGCAGAUUUUCGUGAAGACGUUAACCGGGAAAACCAUAACUCUCGAAGUUGAGGCUUCUGAUACUAUCGAGAAUGUAAAGGCAAAGAUCCAGGAUAAGGAAGGCAUCCCACCAGACCAGCAGCGUUUGAUUUUCGCUGGAAAGCAGCUUGAAGAUGGACGCACCUUGUCAGAUUACAAUAUUCAGAAGGAAUCCACUCUCCAUUUGGUUCUCAGAUUACGUGGUGGAAUGCAGAUUUUUGUCAAAACCUUAACGGGAAAAACCAUCACUUUGGAAGUAGAGGCUUCAGAUACAAUUGAAAAUGUCAAAGCGAAAAUUCAAGACAAGGAAGGUAUCCCACCAGAUCAGCAAAGGUUGAUCUUCGCUGGAAAACAACUUGAAGAUGGUCGCACACUCUCCGACUACAAUAUUCAGAAAGAGUCGACCUUGCAUUUGGUUUUGAGGCUUCGCGGUGGUAUGCAGAUCUUUGUAAGAACACUCACUGGUAAAACGAUCACUCUGGAAGUCGAAGCAUCAGACACAAUUGAAAAUGUCAAAGCGAAAAUUCAAGACAAGGAAGGUAUUCCACCAGAUCAACAGAGAUUGAUUUUCGCCGGAAAACAACUUGAAGACGGCCGAACGUUAUCCGAUUACAAUAUACAAAAAGAAUCAACUUUGCAUUUGGUUCUUCGUCUCCGUGGUGGUAUGCAGAUCUUCGUCAAGACUUUAACAGGAAAGACCAUCACAUUGGAAGUUGAAGCAUCGGACACAAUUGAGAAUGUCAAAGCUAAAAUUCAGGACAAAGAAGGAAUUCCUCCUGAUCAGCAGAGAUUGAUUUUCGCUGGAAAACAACUCGAGGACGGUCGCACUUUGUCCGAUUAUAAUAUUCAAAAGGAAUCUACACUUCACCUUGUACUUCGGCUUCGAGGCGGAAAUAUGUAAUUCCAUAAUUGUGAUCUCUGCUAAAUAUCUUGUUGCACUGAUACUUUAUUAUAAUAAUUUUUAUUACAAAUUUUUAAUUUUAUUUGUACCUGGAAGUCUCGCGUAGCAAGUUUUGACAAAUAAAAGAAUUUAUUUGCGAAAUGUAA